AUUUCUGGUUGCUUCUAUGAUGAGGCAGGGUUGAACUGGCUAAAGCUAUUCCUGGGCUGAGGCCAUGGGAGGUUUUAAGUGUUGAACAAGCUAUGGAUCAGAUAACAUAUGGUGGUGAGUGGUACCGGGAACCUCUUGGUACAUUCACAACAGGUCCUCCAUACAUCAGGCAUUGGAAUAAGGAUGUUUUGAGAAUGUUUAGGAUUUUCUAUGACCUGAGCUUGCAAGUGUACAGCCAACUGGAGCAGACAAUUCCAGGUUUUAGUAAAGUAAUGGAGAAGGUCCACAUAGACGCUGAUGCAAGGGAUGCCAGGCGCAAGGCGAGGAGGGAGGCACAGAAGAGAGCGCAGGAGGAUAUUGCAUUCGGUCGAGUUCAAAAUAGGAAGCCCUAAUUUUUGUAUAUUAAAUUCCUACACUUCAAGUUCAUAUUGUCUUCUCCUAAGUUCGUCUUCUGCCUGUACCACAACCUUUUAUUCAGUUAUUGAGCAAGGGAUGUUUACUUUCUUUUCAAAUGGCAACACUCUGAAUUUUGGAAACCAAUUGGGCAUAGUACAUACAUGUGUUUGCUUUAUAUAUCCAAGGUUUUAAUUAUCGUUUGAUGCACA